AUGGCCGCCGACGAAGACUACGCCAGCUUCCUCGAAAAGGCAAACCAAGAUACAGGUUCAAAGAGAGCCUCGACGCAAUCAAAGACAGUCAGAGCAAGAGCUGUGGACACGGAGAUCCCACCGUCAUUGCUGGAUGUCGAGGAGUACUACGUCUCCGAUGCCGACGAGCCGUUUGAGCCGGUCAGCUUGAAGUGGGAUGGGGAUGGGCUUCCUUCGAGUGACGAACUCGCACGACUCAUAGGCUACGACGGAGAUUUCGCCACUAUCAGCCAGAAGGAGUUCGAUCCUCAAGGUCAAUACACAACGGUUGUUGAUGCGGUGAAGCAGGCGGGCGGCGGCGACGUGGCGUUCUUCAGGGCAGAGCAUGGCACCACGAGGGUGGAAUACUACAUCAUCGGCCUGGACAAGAAGGGAGGGAAGAUAGUCGGGCUCAAGGCUCUCGCCGUGGAGUCCUGA